AUGGCUAUCAUUGCUAUUGCAGGCGGCACGGGGGCGGUAGGCAAGACUAUCGUCGAGGGCAUCGUUGCUCACGGCGGCCAUAGCGUCUUCGUUCUCUCGAGAACGUUUCUCGCUGUUGAUUACCAGGACGUGGAAGGAAUCAGCAAGAUCUUGCAAGAGAACCAAAUUGACACUGUCAUUUCCGCCAUGGGUGUUGUCACGCCGGAGACCAACCAGGCUCAAAUUAAUCUAGUCAAAGCAUCGAACACGUCCAGCUCGACGCGCCGCUUCAUCGUCAGUGCGUAUGACAUGCUGCACACAAGGGACCAGAUUUCGCAUUAUCCUCUCGCCCAAUACGCGUUUGAGGCAAUCGACGAGCUCGAUAAGACAGAUAUCGAGUACACUCGAGUUGUGAACGGCUUCUUCUUGGAUUGUUUUGGCAUGCCACACUACAAGACGCAUCUCCACCCAUGGGUCAACUUCGUCAACUUGGAGAAGAAGUGGGCUGUAAUUCCUGGCGACGGCUCAGCCAGGGCCAACUUCAUCACAACGCAGGAUAUGGCAAAGUACAUCGCCCGCCUGGUCGGUCUUGACAAGUGGUCCAAAGUAAGCAGCAUCGUGGCUCAGAACUACUCGAUUUCUGAGAUACUCGAAUUGGCGGAGAAGACACGAGGCCCCGCAUUCAGGGUCGCUUAUGAUGACUUGGAGAAGCUAAAGUCGGGAAAGAUUUCUUUCAUUGAGGAUUUCCCUGAUUUCGAGCUCAGCCGCGAAGAGUCGGAGGCCCUUUUUGCCAAGGUCCACUACUACGCCGGCAUCGGCAAGUUUCUUGUUCCUACCGAGGACACUUUGAACUCCAGGUUCCCAGACAUUGUUCCGAAAACAGCUGCUCAAGUCCUUGAGGAGUCAUGGCAAGGUAAAUGA